GUUACGUUGGGAACUACCUUGUACUCUCCCGGCGAAAGAUUUGAUCUUCUUUUUGUAUAUUCCUUCUGUUCGUCAGUGUGAUUAAAUCAGUCCUUUCCCCCUCCCCCUUCAGAUUGAAACAAGGGUCGCGUUGCCGGGGUUUGAUGCGGCGGCAACCUUUUAGUCUUUGUAACCCAAGUCUACCCCGUAAGCAAACGCAGUUCUUUUUUUCUGCAAAGAAAAAAAGUCGCCUCGUCCUUGCGGAAGGGAAGAAACUCACCCACGCCCAUCCUUGUCCCAACCCCGGAUCCCUCGCCAGUUUGAGCCUGGCACCGCUCCGUUUGCCGAUGCGAGGAAGUCUCCAAAAUGUUUGUCUAGGAAAAAGAGUCGGAAAGCGUGUUUCAGCCUGACACAUUAGCGUUGUCAACCACCAUCGCUCGCACGGAGUAAGAGGAAGGGGUUUUGCUUACGGAGUACGCGACCACAAAAGUAGAGAAGAGAACUACUGGGACCCCCUCGCCUAAAACAAGCCCCUCGCUGAUGAGGUUUGAAGAAGAGAAAAAAAAUACAUUCGCGUUUGCUGGUACGGAGUUCGAGUACAGAUACUCUGUAUUAGGGCGAACGGGCUACUAGGUAUCAUUCGAAGCGACCUAUACGGAGGUGUACUCCAGUCGCAAAGCCAUCUGUGUUCCAACGGUUUCGAAACUUUUGUAUUUUUGUAAAACUUCCGUACAGUACGAGACCCAAGGUCCCACGCCGUGCUGUGUGUGUGCGUUUGUGUUUCAGAUGAACGAUGCCGAAACCAGGGACCAUCCCCGUGUUGCUCCUCAAAACCCGAUCCAUCCCGCACGACUCAUACGAAGAGUAUUUUUUCUCGUCUACGACGACGACGACGACGACAACCACCACCACCACACCCUCUUCGGUCGGGGAUGGCGGAAGUUGGGUUUUCCAACCUCACUUCAUCCCGGUCCUGGAACAUCGACCCAACACGACCAACUUGGAAGGAUUGGCCGAGUCGUUGGAAAGUGGGCUUUUACCAGAGAAAUAUGGGGGGAUGAUCUUCACGAGCCAGAGGGCCGUCGAGGCCUGGGCGGACGUUGUUGAACGAGUGCGAGUGCAGGUGGAUCGACAAGAGAAUGCAACUCAAGGGACACCCACUACCACUGCUACUUCCGCUGCGGAUACUGAUACUGGGUUGAUCGACCCGAGUCAUCAGGGUGCGAGUACAGCGAGAGCGGCGAGCGGCGAGGAAACGGUCGAGGAUGAUUCGACGUUUCCAAUCUACACCGUCGGUCCUGCUACGUCACGGGCACUCCAGACAUUGGUAGAAGCGGGAAAGAACUCGUCGUCGCCGUCACCGUUCGCUCGCCUGCGUCCCGCCGUCCUCGGUGAACACACAGGCAACGGCGGCAGUUUGGCCGAGUACAUACUUUCACAUUAUAAUAAACUCCACGCGACGCGGAGGAGGCGAUCUACACUUCGCGACGAGGAAGAUGACGACAACCACGGGGAAAAGAGAGGGCUGUUGUUCCUGGUAGGCGAGCAGAGGCGAGACAUCAUCCCCAAGACCCUCAUGGACGUGGGCGGCAAGCUGGACGACCCGCGGGACCGGAUCCACGUCGACGAGGUCGAGGUGUACAAGACCGAGACGAUGGAGUCGUUCCCGCGGGCCUUUGGGGCGCGGCUGGAAUCGUUCAAAAACCAGGCCGUACCGCCCGUCGUGGUCGUAGUCGUUGUCUUUAGCCCUCAAGGGUGCGAGGCCAUGCUCAGGUCUUUGGGUCUCAUCGACGACUCAAACGUCCUGACCGAUCGGGCGCGCCGUCGGUGGGAGGAGGAGGGGCAGCCCGUAGGCCUCUCGGGUGGUAACGAAGACGAACGACGACGACAGCCCAAGCCGGUCAUCGUCACCAUCGGCCCCACGACUAGGGACCAUCUCAAGAAGAAAUUCGGCUUCGACGCCGACGUGUGUGCCGAGAAGCCUAGUCCGCAAGGCGUGGGCGAAGCAUUGCUUGCCUUUUUACAAUCGAAGGCCAUUCUUUUCUCUUGAUGGGAAAGCAAAACAAAAAUAAAAGCAAACACCCAUCCGAGAUAGUGAACAUUCAAGAUUCACCUCUAAUGCUCAACAUGAAUCGAGUCUGGAUUUCUAUUCUGCUUUCAUGGUUGCCCCC